CAGGCUGUCAUGUUCGGCUGCGCCAGUUUGCUGUUUGUAAUUUCAAUGACAUUUCGGCUUUAUGCAAAGUUUAUUUACCCUAAGAAAUAAACAAUAGAGCGAUAUUCCAGGUCAAAGAGCCAGCUGCCCCUCUCUUUCUCAAGGGAGCCUGUUUAUUGCUUGCUUUGCAGUGAUGGCUUCGUAUUUUGACGAACACGACUGCGAGCCGACUAACCCGGAUGAGCAGUACCGCCAGAACGCGCUGCUUGAGCUCGCCAGGUCACUGAUGCAGGGGGUGGACAUUGACCUCGGCCCCGAUGAUUUCUCAGAGUGGGACCAGCGGCUCCCUCCUCCCGCGGCCAAAGAGAUCGUCCAGAACCUGCCGACAGCCGUGAUCACCCCCGCACAGGCAGAUAAAGGGCUGAAGUGUCCGGUGUGCUUGCUGGAAUUUGAGGAAGAGGAGACAGUGAGGAAGAUGCCCUGUGAGCAUCUCUUCCAUUCCGGCUGCAUCCUGCCCUGGCUUGGGAAGACUAACUCCUGCCCCCUGUGUCGACACGAGAUGCCCACAGAGAACAAAGAGUACGAGGAGUUCAAGAAAGACAAGGAGAGGAGAAAACAGCAGGACCAUCGCCUGGAGAAUCUGCAUGGAGCCAUGUACACAUGAGACAGAGAGACGGACAGAGGCUCCACGCUGCAACUGCUUACCAUUCCUGCUAACACAAAUUCCUAUCGAAUCCCCUGGUCUGAAUCCCACAGGAAUAACACCGGAAUAUCUCCUGCGCUUCCUCUGAGUUCUGAAGUCCUUCAUUGUGAAUUCAGCCCCCCCUGUUAAUUCAUGUGGGUUUAAUCACCCUGAUUCAUUCCAUGCUCCUCUGUAAUGAAUGCUGCUGAUCACGUGUAUAAGACAUGAAUUCAUACCCUCUUACUCCCCCACCAGGGGAUUGUGAGAAGUGUUCAUUCAGAAUGAAUGCAUGUGUUACACACGCGAUCAACAGCAUUCAUUACAGAGGAGCAUGGAAUGAAUCAGGGUGAUUAAACCCACAGGAAUUAACAGGGGGGGCUGAAUUCACAAUGAAGGACUUCAGAACUCAGAGGAAGCGCAGGAGAUAUUCCGGUGUUAUUUCUGGGGGAUUCAGUCCGGUGGGAUUCGAUAGGAAUUUGCGGCAGUUGAUCUAAAGCGUUACCCCCUUUUUUAUUAAAUAGUUAAAAAAAAAAAAAAAAAAAAAAAAGUUUUGUUUUGAAAAAAUAGCGACGGCAGGGGAUGUUUGCAGCCAACGUUUUUAACAUGUAAAAUAUUUUAAAAAAUAAAAAUGACAAAUCUGUUUAGUAAAUAAUAAA